AUGGCAACAGACGACCUCGAACAUGUUAUAACAACGGCUGAAAGGGAGCCUUCGGGCUCCGAUACCACACUCUCACCUGGUCAGAGCGAUCCCCUUCCCACCGCUGACGGCUGUGUCAUCUGCCUCGACCGCAUCACCGAUAAAGCCACCGCCAUCCCGUGCCGUCACGAUCAGUUCGAUUUUUCAUGCUUGGGAACAUGGCUCCAACGGCAGCCUGUCUGUCCAUUAUGCAAGACCCCCGUCACCGCCAUCAGGUUCAAAGUCGUCGGCCGGGAUGAUAGCAAGAGUCAACUCUUCCAUCUUCCCCCACCAGAACGACCGCAACAAACCACGAGCCGGGUCGGGCAUGGCUUUGCGCAACAACAGAGGCUGAGACGGCGUCGGGCAUAUGGCAGAGGAGGUGGAAAUCGCGGCAGCGGCAGGACUUCUGGUCAUGACAUAUCAAAAGACACCGCGCUCGAUUUCCGCAGGCACGUUUAUCGCCACAAGCUGUACUCUCUCCACGUUGGGUCUAAUCGCAUUUCACGAUAUCGGAAUCUGACACCCGCGUCCUUUGCAAAAGAUGAGCAUCUCACAAGCCGCGCUCGGAUGUUCAUCAGGCGCGAACUGCAGGUUUUCGACUUCCUCAACCCGAGUUCCGCCCAAUCGUCGAGCUGUGCGAAAUCCAGUGACCGCCGCGCAAACAACGCCGAUUUCCUUCUGGAGUACAUAGUCGGAAUCUUGAAGUCAAUCGACCUGAAGGGCAGCACCGGACAAGCCGAGGAGUUGUUGAAGGACUUCCUCGGCAGAGAACAUACACGGAUAUUCCUGCAUGACCUCGAAGCGUGGUUAAGGAGUCCUUAUGAGCAUUUGAAGGAUUGGGACAGGGCGGUGCAGUACGCGAUGCCUGCAGAAGCAGAUGGUCAAGCAAAUGACGGGCCCAACUCCCUAAGGUCCAUGGACCUGUGCCGUCCGUCCACUCAGUCGCGGCUAGAGGCAAGUACAUCCUCCGUGCCUCGAUGGUUUUCCAACAAUUUUGUCCUAGGAGACCGGAGCAUGCGAGGGACGUGA